UGGAGUCUAUAUUUGUUUAAACACCUUUGUAUACAUACACUGGUGGUUUUAUUUUUGAGAGCUUUGGCACUGUACUGUACUAAAUGCUCAGAUCGCCCUCAGUGGUGCAUGGCACUUUUUCAUGAAAAGUCAGAGAAUGUAUAGAGUAUAACACAAUCAACAGCUCACCAUGUCUAAUAAAAUGGUAAAGAUGUGUUCGAAGAAAGAACAGAUGUUCAAAGGGCUUGGGAUACGGCAGGAUAUGGGCUUUGAGAGACACAUAGGCUGCCAAGAUAACAAGAUAGCUGAUGAGAAUGAACAAAGUGUGUCCUGCAAGUAUGAGGGAAGCAGCAAGUUUAUUCAGUUGUUUCUGGAUGAUAAAAUCAUUCACAGCAAAAACCUGUAUGAAGAGAUGAAAUCUGAAAAUUUCCCUAAGUGCAGGAUUGACAAAAAGAAAUGUCAUGAUGAGAUGAAUAAGCUCAAGAAAAACUUACAGAACAAUGGCACAAAGUACCAAGUUAAAAAAAUUGAAAAAAUAUAUUUGGAGGAGGAGAUGAAAGAUAAGAGUUUUGUUAAUAUAAGAUGGAGUGUGGAUAAGGGAGAUGAUGCUGAUGAAGGAUCAGUUGAUGAAACUUUGGUUAAGUCUUGUUAUGGAUUUAACGUGAAGGAAGAAGAUAAAUGCAUCAAAGAUAUGGAAGAGAGUGAAAAAGACCAUUAUGAGAAAGAAAUACCAACUGAGCAAUUUGGCAUGCUUGAUGAAAGUUUUCAAGAUGUGAAUAAUUCAGAAAUUGAACAACAAUGUGAGUUUUCACCUAACGAGAUAAAAAAUCUUAACGACAUGAAUGACUCUGAAAAAAUGAGAAGUCGACAUUGUAUCAUUGGAAUGACGUCUGAAGUGGGAAUUUCUGAUUUAAACUUUUGUCCAUACUCAUCAUUACAGUAUGAACCAAAUUACUUUGAAAUGGAAAUAAAUAUCAUUCCUUCUGACUUGAUCAGUAAUGCCUAUUGGGACUCUCAGUAUGAUUAUCAAGUUACUUUCCCUGAGAAGAAAAAGAAUAACCGUAGUGGUUUCCCAACACUGGAUUUGAAUCUUUGCAAGGAAAAAGAUACAGCCAGAGUGAAAUGUGAGAGCAAAAUUUUUAUGAAGGACGAUGGUGAUAAAGAAGAACCUGUUUGUUUCAAGGGAAGUAAUGAAGAGGAGCUGAAUGAUGUUAAAGACUAUGAGACUAAAGAGUCAGCUACUGAUGAGGUAAAGAGCAUUCAGCUGGGGGACCUACCCACUUUCAAGUGUACUGAGGUAUUCAUCAAUCCCACUCCUGCUGGUAGAAGGCCAAACAAAGGAAACAAAAAGAACAAAGAUUCUACUAAAAUACCCAGACACUGGUUUGGUGUUAGGCUCAUGAAGACAAAACAACAGGGAUCCAGAAAGAGAGUGAUGAUAAACCAAGAGCCUUGGGGAGCUAAACAAAAACGUUUCUUAAAAUAUCCUAACAAUCCAGUUGAAAAAGGUAUAGGAAUAACAUACUGGGGCCAUUCAAGGAAUAAAACUACCAAACCCUGUGUGGUUAUGUACAAGAGAAUAAAAAAAAUGGCUUUCUAUUCAGGACAAUUUAAUGAUGGUUGGCCAGAUUGGUUGAAGAGCUCAACAGUCAGGCUAAAUUCUGUGCAGUUUAGAGUUUGCAGCAGAUCUGGUGGUGAUGGUGGAAGUGGUAGUGGUGGUGGGAGUGGUAGUGGUGGUGCUGGCAGUUCUGGUGGGCAGCCUUCUUCAUUUGGUCACCAGAACAAUACAAAUGGUGGUGGAAAUAAUUCCGGUGACAACAAUGGUGGCUCUGGUGGACAGAAAAGAAACAACAAUAACAAUGGGAGAACUCCCAACCAGAGCUCUGGUGCUGGGGUCAACCUUUCUCCAACUUUACCUGCCCCAGUCCUGGAUGAUAAACACCGCCGGGAGAGAAUGGAGAUAGAGAAAAGGCACUCUGGUUUUAAAGAGCCCAACAGUGGAUCCCAGAACAGAACGGUGCCCACGCCGAAUUCUUUAAAUAUUCAUCAGCCUCACAUGUCCAACCCAACACCAAACCAGGCACCAGUCAGCCAUGCUUCAAUAUCCAUCGUUGAAUUUUGUGAUGUGCUCGGGGCAGCUACCAACACAAUUCUUAUAGCAGACCACAGGUUAAAUGGUGUCAACACCUGUUUGAUCCAGAUGAUGCACGACCUUUCCAGGUCCAGCUCAUCACAAGAGCUUGAGAUUGACGAGUGCCGCAUCUGCAACCUCCUGGGAUGUCUGUUCACACACAUUGCCAACUGUUCUGUGGGCAGGACCAACAACCCAUGCACACAGUGUUCUCAGAUCAACAACUUGAUGAUGUCCCAUGCUGCCCUGUGUAUCAAAAGCAAGAGGAACCGUUCCAGCUCUAGUGGGUAUGAUCUCUGCUAUAAGAUGUGCAAGUAUUCUGAGUGGCAGCUUGAUAAACUUAACCAGCUGCAAGACAGACUGAAAGGAAAAAUAAAGAAAUAUUGCACCAAGGUGCUAGGUGCUAGCCCUAAGGAACUGGCAGAUAUCACAGAAUGCACACCUCAGGAAGAAGUUGGGGAAACAGGCAUUGACUCCUUUUAUGGUGAAACAAAUGGCCCCAGUUCUAGUACAAGCAAACCAAGCACACCAUCAUACACAUCUGGUGGUAACAUUGUCCUCCAGGAAUCUCAGUGUGCAGGCGCCACAGAUCAUGAACACCAGACUGAAGUGAUGACCAGCAGCUUAAAAUUUGCUACCAGUGUCACAAAUCUGGUUGGUCAGCAGGCUGUUGACACAGGGCCUGCGUCAUUUGUUGCUGCUCAGAGUGUUCAGGUUGAGGUGCACAACACCCAUACUGUGCUGACUAGGAAGAAUAGUAAGAGAAGGCCUCCAGAUAUACCUCAACAGAUAGCUGAAGAAGACAGCUUGUCCAUGAGUGAACCCAGUGAAAAAAUGAUUUUAGAAAGAUGGGGUAAGUUAGCCAGAGACCCGUAUGAGACCCAACCAACCUAUGGAGAAAAAACAAACUAUCAGAGCAUGCCUGUAGAAAAUGUGCGUGAUGCAGAACAGUUCAUGUCACUCAACAUGCGCAUGAGUGAGCCAGGGAUUGGGGCAGUUGUGUUUGCUCAUCCUUCCAGGCUUCGGAUUGUGGCCAAGUUCUGGGCUAAAAAACGUGAGGAAUGUGAGAAAACUGGACAGUACCCUGACACACUUCGAGAAGAGGGAGUGAUUCUGGCUGACCAAAAGGCAAAUUUUAGCAUCCUUCGCACUAGAUACCAAAAGAAUGUCCAGUGGCAACGCUUGAUACACCUGGGCAAUGGCAUGUCUGGUAAAUGUCAUUUAGCCAUUGACCUCAAGACCAACUUUAAAUUUUGCUGCAAGAAGAUACAUUUACUGAGGUACUCUGAAGAGGAGCUAUCUCUCUGGACUGAGAUGCAGAAUCCAUAUAUAGUCCGUCUUUAUGGGGCCAUUCGACAUGGUGAUAAGAUAUAUAUCUUCUCUGAAUUUAUUGACGGUGGUGACCUUGCUGCGUGCAUAGAGAAACAAAAAUUUCUUGGCCAGCGUUUAAGUCAUUGGUCAGCCAUUAACUAUUUCCAGCAGCUCCUCUAUGUAUUGGCUUACUUACAAAGUAAAAGUAUUCUACAUGAGGACAUUAAAGCUGACAACAUACUGCUGCGCCAGAACACAACUCAGAUUGCCGUGACAGACUUCGGCACAUCACGUAAACUAAAUGACCCUAAGGAGCUGAAGAACAAACAGCCAGUAGGGAGCCCAACUCACUGGAGUCCAGAGAAAGCUUCCAUGGAAGGUCAUGGAUUCCCAUCUGAUCUGUGGGCAGCUGUCUGUGUCCUUAUCCACAUGCUCAGUGGAGUGCAUCCAUGGAUCAAGAGAUACCAAAGAGCUGGAAUGUUAAAUUAUAUUAUUUAUGCUCAACCUCCACCUUUGGAUGAUGUACCUAAGAAUAUUCGUGAUAUAGUUCGGGAUCUUAUAGCCAAAGGCCUUGUGAAAGAUCCUCAAGAAAGACCAACUGCUAGCCAGUUAUUGAAUCAUCCAGCUUUCAAUAUUUUAAAUGAUGGCAACCAGGAGACUUACUAUUCCAAUCUAAUGUCACAUUCCUUCAGACCACCAAUCAGAUCAGUGGAGGUACAGGAACAAAGAGUUAGUAUUACAGCAGUGUUGACCUCCACCGUCGAAUCUAAACCCCCAGAAGAGGAAAACAAUAGUUCAGAUACAGUGAAAAACUCUAGUGUGGCUGCAGCAAGUCCUGAGAACACUGAGCCCAACAGCCAGACCACCACACAGAAAGUUGAAGAGACACCCGACGUUGUUGAUGCACCCGAGGAGAGAAGCUUCACGCCAGUGCUGGCUAGAAGUCAACAGACCUCACAGCUGGACCCAAGGGUCACUCAGUUGAUCGAGCCACUGGACAUUGAGAAUUUACUCCCAGCUUUUUCAGAACUGAUAGAUGAUACGUCCGAGAAUAAUCGUCGGGUCAUAGAUUUCUUUGGAGAUGAUUAUAAAAUGGGCGCAGCUUCUAAACUUGGUAAUACCUCUCCACUGCGAGAAUACAAGCCUGAGUUAAAAGAAGGUGGGACAUUGCCAAUUCUGUCAAUCUUCGAUACGAUGUCACGUAAAAGCAUCUCUGCCGAAACGUUCCAUUCCACCCAAGAGAUGGUUCUCAAAGUGAAAACAGAAACCCCUGCCACAAAGAUAAGUAGAAUCCAAGCCAGCGGCCCAGUCAGUUUUCUGCUUUCUUCUGAAUCUGAUGAAUGUACAAGUGCUGAUUUAUUUUUGGAUGAGAAUGCAGAGUUUACUCAGAACCCUGUUGUGCCAGAUAACAGUGAGGCUAGUGUGGCCAAUGUGGAUAUUGCCACAUUGGAUUCCAAACAAAAGAAGCCAAAAAUUGCCCACAGUUUAUCAGAGACUACAGGCACAUCAAAGAAAGAUGUGCCUAGCCUUCAGCUGUCACAUACCUGGGGUCACUUCCCGUCAGCUCAUCACAACCUAACAACGGGACCCCCACACACAACCCCUGUCUCAUCCAAACCAUCCUACUUCCACAACCACAGAUCUGUUAUAGAAGAGCAGGACCAAGCUUUUCAAACACUCUCAGUUUACCCGGAUCCCGAUACACAGAAUAGAGAAGAUGAUGCCAUAGCUGAUGAUGAUGUUGAAAGACCUUCAACUUUUGACGUCCUGCAGAGGGAAAUUGAUGCCUCCUCUUUGCAAGGCCACAAGUUGACAUUUUUGGAUACAUCAGAAAAGAUUUUAUUUGAUAUAAGAAUUCGUGACCUGCCCAUCUACUGGAAACACAUUAUUAAAUUAGUCAGACCACAGGUGACCAGGUUUUCUGUCCAUUUUUCUGUGACUCACAAGAACGGGUCAGCAGUGGACCUGGAUCAGUCCAUAACAGCUGAACACCUGAUAGUGGUCCCAUUGGCUGGCCCAGACAACAGAUGCUGUUGUGUACAUUGUCAUUCCAUGAUAUGAACAAGUCAUCAUGCAGCAACAGUUCCCAGAAAAUGCGCAAAUGGA